AUGGAAGCAGGUCACUUCCGUAAGGAGUGGUUCGCGUUCAGGACUGGCGGAGGAGAUGACAUUGACCCUGCGAGAGCCAUCCUUUUCUCCUCUUCUCGCUCGACUGCCGAUUUAACGUACAAGACCGCGCCUCAAGCUUUCAAGCAGGCGUCACCCAGAUCGUGCCUCUCGAUUGAGCUCAAGAAGGUCAGGGAAAAGGUGGAGAUGAGGAUGGACGAGAAGCAAUCAGGCGCAUACGAUUGGCCUGUCGAAGACUGGUAUACAGUCUUUAGUGCUUCACACCUGGCGGCGAUCAGGAAGGCCGCCGACCUCCACUUGGGGGACAAGGUCGGCCAAAUCCUGCUCUCCCAAGUGGAGACAGACGACCUAGCCCUCAUCAAGCAUGCGAUGAGAGCCAAAUUCCCAAUCCUCUUCGCCGAUGGCUCUCGCUUCGUGCGAGCGUGGCCCAUCGAGUCUCUCCUCAAGCAGCGGCUUGAGAACUCCAAGAAGGAAGCCCGGCGGAAGGCGCAGGAGACCACUGGCGUAAAGUAUCUGGUCAUCAUAGCUGCAUGUAUCUGA